AUGAGUAUCUGUCAGGAUCAAGGGGUAGCUGGACCCUUGCCUGAAGGUGUAGCGGUGUUACGGUCACUCCUUCUUCCACCUUAUGUAGUUGCGAUUUUUGACUUGACAGCUAAGAUGACAACCGGCCCACUGGCGGGCAUAGCCGUCAGUGCGACGAUCGCGAUCGUCGUGGGUGCCCUUCUGACUGCACCUCUUCACCCUGUCAUCGUAAAUGCCGUCUUCUUGGUCAGCGUCGGGACGGCGAUGUUGAUGUAUAGUCUUUUGAUGAAUAUCUCUAUGAUAGAGCUGCCUUUAUUUCUGUGGAGGAUAGUAUUUAAUUCGCAGAGUUCGCGAUAUUUGUUAUUGUUGUUCUGGAGCUUUAAUGUUCUUGCAUCGAUAAGUUUCGGUGUUUUUGUUACGGUUCGAGGUAGUAGUACUACUAUACAUAGGAAGUUCUUUCAUUUGACCUCAUCUUUGAUAUUCUUAUCUGGUCUCUUUUUUGAUCGCGAUUUCAUUUGGUUAAGCGGCUGGUUGAUGCUUUGCAUAUUUGUUAUCAUAGAGACAUUUCGCUUCUUCGAAGUGCCACCAUGGGAAGAAACUUUGAACAAUUUUCUACUCGUAUUUAAAGACGAGCAGGACUCCAUGUUAUUGCUUACCCCCAUCUACCUCCUUUUGGGUAUCUGGAUCCCUCUAUUUCUCUCCCCCAAUGAUAAAUACGUACAUCUCUUUCAUCUCGCAGGUGUUGCCUCUGUAGGUGUCGGUGACAGCAUAGCUGCCAUCAUAGGAUCCACAUAUGGAACGACACGAUGGCCUCGAACAAGAAAGACUGUCGAAGGCUCAGUAGCAAUGGCUGGUUCGAUAGCCGUCUUUCUCAUCGUUGCCAGGUUUUUCUGCUCACCACCAUAUCCAUCUUAUCCCAGAAUCCUCUUCACAUCUCUGAUACUCGCUGCUAUUGAGGCUUUCACUGUGAAGAUCGACAAUAUCGCUCUUCCAAUUGUGGGAUACCUCCUUCUGCAGUGAUUAUCAUAAAUGCCAAAAAAUAAACGAGUUAUUUUUAAAAAU